GGUGCUGUAGCCACUCCUUCCUUUACUGCCCACCCUCAAGAGGCAUGGCUUCAAGUCUGGGUUUCUUUGGCGGGGCACCUCCUUUGCUGAGCACCUAAACUGAUGUGGUUCUUCCCAACAAGUUGCAUGCGCAGCUAACCUCACACUGCUUGUUUAUUCAAAGGUUGCUGCUUGGUCCAAGUAAUCGCACUUAAUUAUGUUUAACAGAGCAAUCAAUUAUAUAUGCACAUAUUGCAUAAGAUAAAGCUGCAGUUCUGAAGUGAGCAGCAUUAUUUUGUUGCUUCGAAUGGAUGGUGAAAGUCCUGAAGCAGACACAGAAGAGGCAUUCUCUCCUGUGUGAUAGAGGUAUUCCCUUCUCUGUGAUGAAACACAGGAGAGACCUUCUUUAAGAUGCAGCCAUCUCCUAUGCUUCUUGUAAAAGCUUGUAUAUUAAAUAUAUAUAUAUAUAUUUAAAAUUACUGCCUGAUCAGUCAGAAGCAUAAUGAAUUGAUCAAAUGGCUUCUAAUCAAUUAAUCUAACCGACCUAUUAAAUAUCACAGCACUAGUCUGAUUGCUUCUGCAUGAAAGGGGGCACUGCUCUUCUGCAACAAGAGCAUGAAAACGGAGGCUCCACACAGCACUGAACAUGGCACUAUAUUCUGGUGCAGAAUGCCCUCCCUUGGUUUUAUUUUUUAUUUUUAUUUUUGAGCUGCCUUCCUGUUGAGUGAAUUAUUGAAUAGUUCCCACCUCCGGUGUUUUCUGGGCGGUGGUGGCACACUGAUGGAAGUGGGCAUCUUCCGUUUCUCUGCUGCUUUCGGCCUCCCUGCACAGCUCUACAGCCUCUUCCCUCACAUCACAAAACACCUUCCUGGUCCGCACAACAAGCUCUUCGAGAACUAUGCUGAGCAAAAGAAAUAUGCCUCCCGGAUGAUCCAGAAACACGAAGACCCUCUGGACCCAGCCUUUCCUCCAGAUUACAUAGACACCUUCCUCAUCCGGAUGCAGCAGGACAGUGGGAAUCUAAACUCUGAAUUCCAUCAGGAAAACCUCAUCGUCUCUGCGCUGGACUUGUUCUUCGCUGGUACUGAGACCACCGGCACCACCCUGCGAUACGGCCUCCUGAUCCUCUUGAAGUACCCGCACAUUGCCAGUAAGAUGGGCUAGGAAAGGAAUGGCACAGAAUGGAGCUAGCAUCUGUGUGGGGAAUGCAGUUGGUGAGGGCUGACCAGGACAUUAAAGCUCAGCCUGGUGGGUGGUUAACUUCUUCCCCAGGGCUGCUCCCUCACAGAGAGAAUUCAAGAAGAAAUAGACCAAGUGGUUGGGCAGGAUCGGGGCCCAGCCAUGGAAGACAGAAUGAAGAUGCCCUACACAGACGCUGUGAUCCACGAGAUCCAGAGAUUCAUCGACAUCAACAC